AUGAAGAACGCUACAUGCUUCUUGCCUCGUUCUGUGAUCCAUAGAGGAGAAUGGGAUGGGAUCUCGAAUCCAUCAAGAUGGUCAGUGUAUGUUCUUUCUUGUCGAUUGGUCGUGAAGAGGGAUUGCCUAUCUAAUGAAGGCCGAUCGGAGUUCCCGCGCUUCAAGUUUCUUUCAUACGGACAUACAUCAAGCUCUUCUUUGGGAAGACCAUCGGGGAUGACUAGCCUUCAUUGCCUAGCAGCUCAUCUCCAGCUCUCUCUUUCUCCUCCCUAA